AUGGCACCCCAACAACGGAUGCAAAUCCCUGGGUUUUACUACGAUGAAGAAAAGGGUAAGUAUUUCAAAAUUGAAAAGGCCCAGUCGGCCCCGCAAAACGCCGCGUGGUCCGCCGAGAGCGUCAAGCGCCGUAAGAUCCAGCACCGCGAGGCCGAGGCGGUGGCGGCCCGCCGGGAACGCCUGAAGCGGCACAUUGUCCGGUCCGCCAUCCUCCGGGACCCGCUGCUCGGCGGUUUCUUAGAGGCCGAGCUUGGUGUCUCACGGCGGGAGAGGAAGUUACGUGCCGGCGCCGGCGGCGAGUUUGGACUAGAAGAUGUGCCAGCCGUUGCGUGGACGACGAGCUUGACGGACAAGGGAGACGUGCCUUUUGUGCCUAGCUUCGCAAGGCAGAGGUUCCCCAACAUUCCGUGCUUUUAUGUCGGCGGGGACGAUGUCAAGACGGGGCUGGGGGUUGCGUAUGCGACUGUCGACGAGGAGACUUUGAUUGGGUCUUAUAUUCCCACGGAUGAGAACGAGAGGAUAUCCUUCAGUACGGAUACGUCCGGCCGUCCGGAACACCGUCUCUCGCAUCGCCACGAGAUGAUCGGUUGUCCGCAAAUCUCAUCUAUAAACUACCACCCUCACUCCCACCGCAUGAUUGUCACCUCCCGCGAACCCAGCAACACCUGCGACAUAUUUCUCUUCUCCCCUCCCAAAUCAGCACCAAACGACGACCGGCCCCUUUGGCUUCUUGACCGAGCAAACAACCUCCGCCACAUCGCCUUCAACACAGGCCGACGAGAAGGCGUAGUAAACCAAACAACACCCGCGCCACCCUCAUCGUCAUCCCUAACCUGCAUCAUCGGAACCAGCUAUGGCCUUCUCAAACUAACAUCCGACGAACGUAUCCAUUGGCUCGGCCCCCAACGACCGCGGCCAGGUCCCGCGGAGGGCGACUUCUUCGACCAGAGUUUCCUCCCCGAAAACCCCAGCGUCCUCCUAGCUGGCGGACGCAACCGCGACGUGAAGCUGAUCGACCUUCGCGUCAAGUGGUCCGAAUGGGAAUCCCUGCCUGCGGGGCCCAUAGCACACCUAAAAGCCGUCAACCGGCACCAGUUCGUCACCGCGGGACCUCGGUCCCGGAUGGCGGUUUUUGAUAUCCGCUACCGCCGGUCGAAGCCGAACGGCACCAAGCCCGUCGUCGAGUUUGCGGCAUACCGGAACGAGGCGCACAUGCACAUCGGCUGGGACGUCGACGUGGCUUCGGGCGUCGUGGCGGCCGCUCAUGAUGACGGAUCUGUAGGGAUGUACUCGCUGUUGUCGGGCAGGAGGCUUCGGUGUCCCGCCGUGGACGUUAUCAAGGCCAGGACGCCGGUGAAGAGUCUCCAGUUUCAGACGAUGCCGGGGAGGAGGCACCCGAGUUUGUUCGUGGGCGUAGGGCCGAAUUUGAAGAUGUUUUCCGUCGGGUCCGUUGCGACGGAUGAUGAGUGUUGA